AUGAUAUCUGGAAAUGUUCAUUCAUGGUGGGAGUUAGUUUUCAAAGUUGUGACCGGUGGACCAUUUGUAGCUUAUGAUUUAUUCGUAAAUAAUGGCACUCGCAAUAUUAACAACUUGGCAGCCCAGCAACUGACAAACCAGGUUUUGGAUCAUUACAAAUCUGAUGUCCUGGACGAUAUACAUUCAAAUGGCGCCACUAAGAUAAGAGUAUCCUACUACUCUAGGGGCGUUGAAGCUCAAUACUUUGUUUUCGACGCAGUAGGAGCCACCAAAACUGGAUGGUUCAGCCGAGAUAGAUUAAUAGAGACAAGUUAUAAUAUGACGGCAUUGGCUGAUGUAAAAAAUAAACCGGGAGAAUUUUUCAGCAUCAGAGGCGAUUUCUCAAGAGGUUUAAUUCAACGAUAUUUCUACAUCAAUGAAGGCUACUAUGAAUGUAAAGAUCAAGGUUGGGUCGUUGUCCUCGAUGGAGAAAAAGGACCAUGUCAAAUGGAUAGAGUAGAUAAAACUACCGUUCAUUACGUCAGUACGCAAUCAUAUGCUUUGAUGCCAGGGGAGACUGCUGAUUUCAUGGCAAUAUUUGUUGAAAGAUCUAGAGAUACAUGUAACUGCAGUGGGGAAAAUUCUACGACUUCUACACCUUAUAAUGAAUAUCUGUUGGUCAACGAAACAAAAGAAAUUCGGAAGAGAAUUGACAUAAUAAAAAAGAAAUUAACUGUACCGAUGAACUCUACCUCAAAAUAUCAGCGUAGCAAAACAAGCGCAAAAGAUGAGCGAAUGUCAUCACAAGCCAUGGGAAUGGUACUUGGGGUCGGUCUUAUAUCGGCGUUUUUUGCUCUGAUCCUUCUUCCCGAAAUCUAUACGUUGAUUUGUUAUGCUUUAAAACGAGUUUGUGAGAAAAGAGCUUAGAAUAUUUUGAAGAAAUACAUGAAUAUUUAGCUGCUGUUACAUUUUAGAAAAUGCCAUCACAUGACGUUUGAAUUGUCAGAUGGUCUCUCAAUUGUACCCAUAUGGCUUUUGAAAUGUGUGUAGUAUGUAUACCAUCGUAGAUGCGUCAGUUGAGGCAUGUUUAAAAUAAAAACGCGACAUUAUAUUAACAAUUGAGCCUACGAUAUGAUAAGAUAAUUUGAACCUUUUUCGACCAUGAUGCAGAAUGUAUUCAGUAGAUGCAGGUUACAUAAAAUAUAUAUAGUCACAAACACAAUUCUUCAUGUGAACACACGGUCGUACAUUUUAAUUUAAAAGCAUUGUCGUUUUUAACCGCACCUGUUACACUAUACUCUGUCCCAAGAUAUCCUGGAUUCACAUUUUGCUUAAUUGCUUGAUAUUUAUAAAUACCUCAGGGUUCAAAUGAUGUUCAUUCAAAAGUAUGAAAAAUUUCCAAGAUUUCUCAGUCGAAACGCCCCUGUGAGCUUAUCAGGUUUCAAUACAAUGCUAAAAAUGUGAUGCCUACGGAGAUUUUGUAUUGCAGCAAGCCCGGAUGAUAACGUUGAAAAAUUGCGCGAUG